AUCCAACGCGCAUGCGCUGCCCUACGUGACAACAUUCCUGCCACAGAUUGUGUGUAUCCAUACUCCCUACCCUCUUCCUUAUUUUCGUUUCAUUUUUAUUAUGAUUAUUUCUCCCCCUCCCCUUCCUUUUUCCUAAAGCCUAUCGGUUUCUUCUACGAUGACAAACUUAGGAAUAUAUGAAUGAAGCCACGGACAUGCUAGUCUGGUUUUGUCCAUCUUUAUAUUCCAACAUACAAUUAUUCCCUUUCAUCUUUUUUUUUUCUUUUUCAUUUCCUUUUCGUCCGCCCCCCCUCUUCUCUUCAAUACUCUCCAUGAAUACUCCUGGUUUUAUCCCCUUCCACUGAACUCCCCCCCUCGUCCUAAAUGAUCCUUCCCAUGGCCCCUCUCGGGUAUCAUCAUCCUCAUUCUUUACAUCGGGUCGCUCGGCUCAUACAAUCCCUUUCUAACAGCUCCAGCAACAAGCAUCCGUGAUAUUACUAAAAUGUAUUCCCGCUAAACCUAGUAACUACCGUAGAUCACACAGUGGGCCACAACGCCGCCUCGAGAGAGUAAGGGGAACAAAUGUAGUGGUUAUACUAUAGGCACCACCACCAUUCCCCCCCAUGUUAGAAAAAAAGAAAAAAGGGAAAAAAAACCUUAGCGGCGCGGGAAGACUAGCCAAAGCACUGGG